AGAAAUCUGCUCAGAAAGUAUUUCACAAUGUUGUAAUGAGUUUCGUCCUUGCUGUCAGUGAAAGAAAAGCUCAAACAAAGCAGAUUUCAUCACAAUUGAAUGUUUUUGGUUAAAUUUGAAACAGUUUGAGGAGGAUGUUUUUCCUCCUUUCUGACACUGAAGCACCUUGCAAAUAGUACGUAAAUAAAAGCAUGACUUUUAUUUACAUACUAAUCCAUUCAAAAAACCUCAAAGUAUUGCUUUGAAGUUUUUUGAAUGGAUUAGGUAUUUUAAACCCAAAUACAAAUAGUUUGCAUUAUCCUUUUGCAUGUCCGUGACAAAAGUGAUAUAAAUACAAUGAACAGCUGCAGAUCUGUAGUCCAGACUGAAGAGGCUGAAGGAAAACAACCGCGGGAUGAUGGAAAUUUGUCAGUUCAUCACAGCAGCAUCAUUGCUGUGUGCCGCCUCUUCUCUCCCUGAACGUCAGUUUCAUUUUGUCAACGAGCUGAAGAACUGGACUGAAGCUCAGAGUUUCUGCAGAGAAACGUAUGCAGACCUGGUGACCAUACGCAGCAUGGAGGACGUGACGGCUCUGAACAACAUGGUCGAUUUAAACACAGUGGUCAACAUGAACAUGGAUUCCAAAAAUCGAUCCUGGAUUGGUUUGUUUGAUGACGUGCACAGCUGGAGGUGGUCCAUCUCUGACACAAACUUCUACAAAGACGGUGAAGCUCAGUUCAGGAACUGGGGAGGUGGUGAACCAAACAACUUCCAGGGUUCCGAGCGCUGUGGAGGGAUGUGGGAUAAUGGAUUAUGGAAUGAUAAUUACUGUGAAGGAACCAAUAAAGUAAUCUGCUCUGAUGUACAAGUUCCAGUUUCAAAGCAAGUGGUGAAGGUGAAGCUGGUGAAGACCUCCUCUGUGGAUCUGAAUGACCCUGCUGUGCUGGAAGACCUGCUGAAGAAGUUUGGACAGAAGCUGAAGGACAACAGCGUGGAUGGAGACGUAAAGCUGAGUUGGAGGGACCAAUCAGAGGGAGAGAUCUUCCACAAGGACAAAUAAUGAGCUUCAAACAAAAAAUAUAUUUUUUGUUCUUUGUUCUAUAUGAAGCUGUUUUACUGUUUUCUAAUAGUCUCUGUUUUCUAAUAGUACUCUUAACAGAGGCAAAGAGAACAUCUGUUAUUUUUACAAUUUUAAGGAUCCCUUUAAAUGAGAAACUAACUGCAUUGGGAGAAGGUCUGUGUAGCUGAAUGUAUCAAUAAAACACAUAGAGCUGGUAUUUUGACGAUUUAAUUAUUAAUAUUGUUGAUGUUAUCCUUUUGUCUUGAUUGAACCCGUGCUCGUAAUUAUAUCAAACUCACGUUUUUUCCACCAACUAAAGUCCUAAAACCUUCAGGAUUGUGACCACAGACCCAAAACAACCUGAACAUGGUUGCUUUAAAACAUCCUACUCUUCGGGACAAUUUUAAUUUAUUUUGAAAAAACUGAAACAUUUUUCUUGAAACUUCCAUUUAGUUCAUAUUUUAUUUGCUUAUUUAAUUUGACUUGAAUGUUUUAAUUAUUGAUGUUGUUAAUGUUUUUUUGGUCUUUAUUGUAAAUUACUUCUUGGAUCUGAAUGAAACAACCUGUAUAAAUAAAGCUUAAAUUAAAAAAUCUA